UGUGCAUCACACACCUUCCUCUCCAUUGUCUUCACUAAUUGCACUAGUUAUUGAAGAAAAUAAGAAUGCUUUGAGUGAGACAGAAACUGCGACCCAAUAUUUUUCUACAAGUGAAGGAGAGCAUACACAAUCAAGCAGAAAGAAUCAAGCAGAAGAAUAUCUCAAGGAUACUACAGAACCUACUACUGAGCUAGUUUCCACAGAUGUUUCGAAGACACAGCCUCUUACUCCGCAAACACAGCACCUUCAGACAAGUGAGGGAGAUCAAUCCGAUGAGACACCAUCAGAGCAGAAUCAAGCAGAAGAAAAUCUCAAGGAUACUACAGAACCUACUACUGAGCUAGUUUCCACAGAUGUUUCGAAGAUGCCGCCUAUUACUCAGCAAACAGAGCAUCUUCAGACAAGUGCUAUAGAUUUUUCAGAAACAAACGAGGUUGAAGUAAGCAGGCUUCUAGCUCACUUUCAAAUAGGCGCAGAGGUUGAGAUUUUGUCUACUGAUGACGAAAUAUGGUAUCCAGGAAAGGUUGUUGAUCUUAAACUGUGUGAAGGACUAGAGGAGCUGACAGUUGAGUACACGACACUCUUCACAGACCAACAUAGACUUCAGAAACUUCAGGAUACUAUCACGGCUGACAAAAUACGUCCUGCAACACCAACUAGUGACCAAAAAUCCUUUGAGAUGAUGGAUAAGGUAGAAGCCUUUUACAACAAUGGCUGGAGCAGCGGACAAAUUAGCAUGGUACUUGGUGAUAACACAUACUCGGUGUGUCUCUAUACUUCUAUGGAAACUAUUCUAUUCAAACAUUCAGAUUUGCGAAUUCAUAGAGAAUGGAAAGAUGGAGUCUGGAAGAUGGCAGAUAAGGUGAAGCCUGAUAAGAAAAGGAAAGCUGCUGCCUCAUCACAAAAUUCAGGAAUGGAUAAUGUUUUCCUAAGAAGGAGCGAGAGGGUGCCUAAACGAUCUAGAGACACAAAAACUCCAUUCAAGUCUGACAGAAAUCCGGCUUUAACUGUAAUACCUGAGAUUAUACCUGCAGUUGAUCCGUUUUCAACUCCUGCGGAACAUAAGCUUUCAAGGCUUCAAAAUUGGAUGACAUUAAAGCCCGGCAUGCAUGAAACGUCCCUAUCAAUCAAUGAUAAUAAGAUAAGGAAAUCUUUCUUUCAAAGCAUGGAAAAUGCAAAAAAGGACCUUAAGAAAGAGCACAUUGAUGGAGCCUUUGCAAUGCUAAAUUGCAGAAGAAAUGAGAAUGCUGCUUGGUUCCACAACUACAAGAUUCCAAAGGCGUGCUUCCUACCUAUGGAGUUCUUGCAUUGCUUGCUCUCUGAUGAUUUGGCUUACAAGAAAGAAAAGGUCAAAGGUAAAAAGAUUUUCAACGAUUUAUUUAAAGAUACUGUGAGAGGGAAGGUAUAUCCAGAGAAGACAUGGGGAGAAGAUGUUGAUGUUGUGUAUGGGAUUACUCUUGGAAAAAAAAGCAAUGUCUGGAUUGGGAUGGAAAUUCAUUUGAAGAAGAAAAGAAUCACAGUAUAUGAUUGUUUUCAAAAGGAAAGCAACAGCAUUGAUAUUCCUCAAGUGAAAAAGUUGGCAGUGUUGAUUUCUAAUCUGCUGGUGGAAUCUUCUGGUGAUGAGGUAGAUAAAGUGAAGAUGAUUCCAUUUGAGAUUGAGCAGGCACAAGGUUUACCCAAGACAAAACAUCCUUUCAACUGUGGGAUAUUUCUUGUCAAGAUUCUGGAGUGCCAGUCAUUGAAGAUAGGAGACAUGACAAAGAUUAAUGAUGACAAUGCAUUGGAGCUAAGGAGAGCCUUGUCUUGUGAGAUCUUCAACCAAUUUGUGGAUGAGAGCUUUGGGAAAUGAGAAUGAUGCAUGAAAACAUUUUUUGUUUUAGUUAAGACUCGGUUUUAGUUAUGACUGUUUAUUUUGUUAUGUUGUUGGCGUCUGGUUACAUAAGAAAGAUUGGAAGGAUAUCAAGUAUUUUUUUUGGGUAUCAUAUAUCUUGGAAGGUUAAAAAUAAUGUUUCUGGAUGGGUUUCCAGAAAAAAAGUUAAGUGUUUCAAAUGUAAAAAAGAAUGAAAUGAGAUUAUAUACUAAGGAUUGGACAUGUAUAUGGUAAGCUUAAAAUUGUGAUGUUUACAGACAACAAAAAUUUAGAACCACCAAGGAUCGAACCCAGAGGGAGAGAGUUUGCGUAUUUGGAUAGUGUGGGAGUUUAGCCACUAGGCCAAGAAGAAUCAUCUGUUAAUGGAUUACAUUUAAUUUUAUUUAACUCCAAACUGUAACAAAAAAAAAAAAAAA